AGGUUUGUGCAGGGAGUGCUCAGCUUCUACUAAAAGAAUGAUGCUGAGGUCCAGAAAGACUCUGAACUGCAGAAGUGGAUUUCAGACAUUUUUGAACAUGGAUUGCUUUCCCAAACCGGCACAGGAAUUCCACAGAGCUUUACCACCGUGGCUGAGUUGGUCAAGUUUGUCACCAUGGUGAUCUUCACUUGCUCAGGACAGCACUCAGCUGUGAAUAGUGGACAGUAUGACUAUGAUGCCUGGAUGCCCAACACUCCCAUCUCUCUGCAACUUCCUCCACCAACCACAAAGGGGAAAACCAGCGAGGCCACGAUGCUGCAGACAUUCCCUGACAUCAACGCAACAGUUCAGGGAAUGGCCACCAUGUGGCUACUCAGCAAGCAGUCGUCUGACUUCGUCCCUCUUGGCAAAUACCCAGAGGACCAUUUCAGUGAGAAGAUUCCCUGCAAGCUGAUAAAGGCUUUUCAAGGAGAUCUUGAAGUGUUAAGUGCGGACAUCAAAGCCAGAAACGAGAGGCUGGAGGUCCCAUACACAUACAUGGAUCCCAAAAAGCUAGAAAACAGCGUGGCCAUUUAAAUAUCAGAAGGUGUGACUGCCUCAGCUGUUGGCCAAAUUCAGCUUCAUAUU